AUGGAGAAAGCUUGUGAGUUGUGCUUGGUGCUAAGGCCAGUUGUAUACUGCAAAGCUGAUUCAGCACAUCUGUGCCUUCCCUGUGAUGCAACGGUUCAUUCUGCUAACCCAAUUGUUGGCUGCCAUCACCGAACCAUUCUAUGUGAUUCGUGCAAAUACCGGUCCGUGGAUAUCGAGUGUUUGGAUCACCUGAUGUUUAUGUGCCGUGUAUGUGACGCGAGCCUGCACAGGAAGUGCUCUCCCCAUGGCCAGCAUCGGAAACGGACGUUGGCCAGCAGUUUCACAGGUUGCCCAUCUGCCAAGGACUUUGCAGCAUUUUGGGGUUUCAAAUUGGAUGAAUCUGAUGGAGUGGGAUCAAACAGUCAAAGAUUUAAGAAGAUAUCUCGUGGUAAUGGUCAUGGAGGUCACUAUCAGAAAAGAAGUACUGGCAAUAGUUUUAUUCUGGACCAGAUUCUUGACUUGAAAAGGCUUCAGCUGAGUCAAGAUCAACCAAAUCAAGAGAAAUCUUCUUCAGUGCAUGAACAUCAAAACCCUUCAAGGAGUUUGGAACAUGGUCUUGAUCAUCAUCGUUUACAACAUUCCCAGGAUGAUCUCGGCCGUACUGGAUCUCAGCAAAGGGACAGCUGUCUACCUGAUCAGGGUCUGAUGGUCAAAUUUGAUCCUUUGCCCCUUCCAUUUCCUGAACAGCUGGAGAAAUAUUUUCCAUCAUCUACAAGCACUGUAGGAUUUCCAUUGCAUAAAGAAUCAUUUUGGCAGGGUAGAAGCACGGAGCAGAACAGUCCGCUGUGGUCUCAAAAUAUGCAAGACCUUGGGGUUUGUGAAGAACAAGCUUAUGAUCAUCACGAUCCCAAUACACCUGAUGUCGAUUCGACAUUCCGAAACUUCGAGGAAUCAUUUGGAGGUGAUCAGCAAGAUGUGUCAUACUCCUUCAUGGAGAAGAAGGGCCAUGCAAGAACAGCCAAGAGAUAA